CUCUCUCUCUCUCUCUGCAUCUCUUAUAUAAAAAUAGAAUUUGAGAGAAGGUGUCGGCUUGUAAGGCAGAUAAAGCAAUACGGCGGUCUAACAUUUCUCUAAUUCUGCAAAUCUUUCGACCCGUAUAGGCCUUAUAGGGUAUUGCACUUAUAAGACAGAAUAGUCUCUUUCUCUAUCUCUCUUGGUCUCCCUCGCUCGCUCUCUCUCUCGUUAUCUCUCCCAGUAUAUCUCUGAUGGCACAAGCAACUCAAGCUAGUCUCCUCCUUCAAAAACAGCUUAAGGAUCUUUGCAAAAAUCCUGUUGAUGGGUUCUCUGCCGGCUUGGUUGAUGAUAAUAACAUAUUCGAAUGGAGCGUCACUAUUAUCGGACCCCCUGAUACUCUAUAUGAUGGAGGCUAUUUUAAUGCCAUCAUGAGUUUUCCUCACAAUUAUCCUAAUAGUCCACCCACGGUGAGGUUUAUUUCGGAGAUGUGGCAUCCCAAUGUUUAUCCUGAUGGGCGAGUUUGCAUAUCAAUUCUUCAUGCUCCUGGUGAGGAUCCCAAUGGCUAUGAGCUUGCAAGUGAACGCUGGACACCAGUACAUACGGUUGAAAGCAUAGUACUGAGCAUCAUUUCGAUGCUGUCAAGUCCUAACGAUGAAUCUCCAGCAAAUAUUGAAGCAGCGAAAGAAUGGAGGGAUAGGAGAGAUGAAUUCAAGAAGAAAGUAAGCCGUACUGUGAGACGGUCACAAGAGAUGUUUUGAUGACGCUGCCGAAGGUGGAAUGGCGGUUAUCUGUCUGGAAAUCCAUUUAUUACAUUGGAGAACUGGUUGAUCGUCUGGUAGUCUGGUAGUAUGUCAGUAUGUCGAUCAUGUGGAAUUUCCAUUUGAAGUUCUUUAAGCCUCCUCUCCAUUACAGUUCUCUUCUACACCUGUUAAACAAACUUGGCAGUUCUCAUGUAACUGAACUUUGUAUUUAAACGGUUUUGGUCA